AUGCCAAUCAAUCAACCUUCAGGUCAGAUCAAACUGACCAACGUGUCGCUGGUGAAACUCAAGAAGGCUAGGAAACGGUUUGAGAUCGCAUGUUACCAGAACAAAGUACAGGAUUACCGUAAAGGUGUUGAAAAAGAUCUCGAUGAAGUGCUACAAAUUCACCAGGUGUUUAUCAAUGUCUCAAAAGGCCAAGUAGCUUCCAAGGAGGACUUGAACAAGUGUUUCGAAACGACAGAUAUCGAUGAGAUAAUUACUGAGAUUUUAACGAAGGGAGAGAUCCAGCUUUCUGAAAGAGAGAGGCAAGUGAUGUUGAAUAAGAUUAAUAAUGAAUUACUCACAAUCGUGAGUGCCAAAUGCAUUAACCCAGUGUCAAAGAAACGGUACCCACCUACAAUGAUCCAUAAAUUGCUUGUUGAGCUUAAAUUCAGUCCUGUACUGAACAAACCAGCCAAAUUACAAGCACUUGAAGCAAUUAAGCUUCUGAUUGUGAAGCAGAUCGUACCGAUCGUUAGAGCCAAGAUGAAGGUCAAGGUCACCAUCAGUUCACAGGAGACCGAGCGUAUUGAGCGGUUGCAAAAACUAGUCAAUGGUUCCCCAACUGGUGAAAGCUGGAGUUAUCUAGGUCUCAUCGAUCCAGUAAUGUAUAGAGAUCUAGUUACCGUGUGCGAAGGAAAAGGUACUGUACAAGUGAUAGAUAUGGCUGUCAUCGAUGACUCUUCUUAA